CAGACUAUUCUCUCGGUUCUUGGUUAAGGCAAAGGCCAGGGAUGAGCACGGGGGUAUCGUUGGGCCUCACUUGGGGGAACUGGGGUCGUCACACCCAUUGGUUGAGGCUGGGCGUGGGAGCAGCACGGUGGACAGCAGAGGGGAGCCCGCAUCCACUCGGUGGUGCCUUCUCGCUCUGCCCACAUGCUGGGGGUCUGUGUGAGCUGGCUUUGUCCGUGUGGCUUCGUCCUGGCCCCAGAUGUCCCGUGGUCCCCGGGCAGCUCCCAGACCCUCCCCCAGCCGGCCACGUCUGUCUUCUGGGAAGGGGGUGGUGGGAGGACCCGGGCUGGCCGGCGGAAGUGGGCUGUGGCCCGGCCCAGCCGCCCCACCCACCGCAGCCUCUGAUCUGGGCAGGGGGUCCCUGCCAAGGUUCUGUGGCUUCUGCUGACCUCCUGAACUUGGACCGUGGAGUCCCAGGCUCUGCCACGACCGCACCAGCCCCGCACCACGCUGCUGGGCACGCUGCGGCGUAAGCCAAGGCCGCUGGCAGAGACGGGGGUGAGGGGCAGUCGGAGGCUGUGUGGUGGGCUGGACGGGGCAGAGUGUGUCCCCAGCAUUCCUCCAAGAGCCUGAGAUCGGGGGCUAGCCCCCCUGCAGACCGGCCCCCGCCUGCACCCCCGGUCCUGUCCACCUCCCCACACUGAGGCCGGGUGGGGAAGGCGCUCCUGGGAGCGACGGAGCUCAGAAGCUGGUUUCCCUGUGCCCCCCACCUCUGCUGCUCUCUGGCUGUGUGGGCUUGAGCCAGUGGCUCGGCCGCUCUGAGCCCUACUCUGGGUGGCUGUGAAACGAGACAGUGCUCGUUCCUAGGGGGCGUGAGGGCUUAGGGAGGGCAGAAAGGGCUGAGACAGGAGGACGCUGAGCCCCGUGCCGCCCUCGGGAUGCUCAGGAAACAGAUGCUGUCCCCGCUAGCACGGUGACAGAGGCCAGCAGGGCUCCGCUUGGCGGGAACACGGUGCUGACCUGGAAGGGUUUGUGCUCUGUGGGUUUGGCGCGAAGCCCUAGCCGCCCCAGGCACUGCCAGUCUGUCGGGCUGGAGUAGCUUGGGGGCCUGGCCAGGAACUUGGUCCUUUUUAUAAACCAUGUUCACUGCCUCGCAGAUUCCAGGCCCCUGCAGGUGACAGUGCCCCUGGGAUUUCAGGUGAGGAGGAGGAGGAGGGGGACGAUUCCAGGCCUGGGGACCCGGCUUGGGGCCACAAGGAGAGCUCAGCUGUCAUGUGAAUGUUACUGCUGUUUUGCGAGCAAAGCGUGUGGAAAGCAUUGUGUGCUGGUCCUGAGCCUGGGCCUGUCAUUGGGAGUCCCUGGGCAGAGGAGGCCCAGUACCCUGUACCCCUGGCACCGGGCACCUGCCCCAGGCCGUGUACGAAGAGCCUGGGUUAUCCCCCCCAUCAGUGUAUCCGAGAACCACAAGCGUCUUCCGUACCCCCUGGUGCAGAUCAAGUCCGACAAGCAGCCACUGGGCAGCGUCAUCUACAGCAUCCAGGGCCCCGGUGUGGACGAGGAGCCCCAGGGCGUGUUUUCCAUUGACAAGUUCACCGGGAAGGUGUUCCUGAAUGCCAUGCUGGAUCGGGAGAAGACAGACCGCUUCAGGCUAAGGGCCUUUGCUCUGGACCUGGGAGGAGCCACCCUGGAGGAGCCCACGGACCUGGAGAUCGUGGUUGUGGAUCAGAAUGACAACCGGCCCGUCUUCAGGCAGGAGGCGUUCAGCGGCCGGGUGCUGGAGGGAGCAGUGCCAGGCACCUACGUGACCAGGGCCGAAGCCACAGACGCUGAUGACCCGGAAACAGACAACGCGGCCCUGCGGUACUCCAUUCUGGAGCAGGACGGCCCCCAGCUCUUCAGCAUCGAUGAGCACACGGGGGACAUACGCACCGUGCAAGUGGGUCUGGACCGCGAGGUGGUCGCCGUGUACAAUCUGACCCUGCAGGUGGCAGACAUGUCUGGAGAUGGGCUCACCGCCACGGCCUCAGCCAUCAUCACCCUUGAGGAUGUCAAUGACAACGCCCCUGGGUUCACCAGGGACGAGUUCUUCAUGGAGGCCACGGAGGCUGUCAGCGGAGUGGAUGUGGGGCGGCUUCAGGUGGAGGACAGGGACCUGCCGGGCUCCCCAAACUGGGCAGCCAGGUUCACCAUCCUGGAGGGCGACCCCAAGGGACAGUUCGCUAUCCGCACAGACCCCAAGACCAACGAGGGCGUGCUGUCUGUGGUGAAGCCCCUGGACUACGAGAGCUGUGAGCAGUACAACCUGAGAGUCGCGGUGCAGAACGAGGCCCCCCUGCAGGCGGCCGCCCCCAGGGCCGAGCGGGGCCAGGCCAGGGUCAGCGUGCGGGUGCAGGACAUCAACGAGGCUCCCGUGUUCCAGGAGAACCCACUGCGGACCAGCCUGCCUGAGGGGGUGCCCCCGGGAACCCCCGUGGCCACCUUCUCUGCCCAAGACCCUGACACGCAGCGGCUGCAGAGGCUCAGCUACUCUAAGGACUAUGACCCAGACGACUGGCUGCGGGUGGACAAAGCCACGGGUCAGAUCCAGACCCAGCGAGUGCUCAGCCCAGCCUCGCCUUUCCUCAAGGAUGGCUGGUACAGGGCCAUCAUCCUGGCCUACGACGAUGCCUCCCCACCCAGCACGGCCACCGGGACCCUGUCCAUUGAGAUCCUGGAGGUCAAUGACCACGCCCCUGAGCUGUCCCCGCCAUCUGGUAGCGUGUGCAGCAAGCCAGAUCAGGGUUCUGGCCUUCUCCUGGGGGCCACGGAUGCGGACCUGCCCCCCCACGGGGCUCCCUUCCACUUUCAGCUGAGUCCCCGUGUCCCAGAGCUGACCCGGAACUGGAGUGUCAGCCGGGUUAACGUGAGCCACGCGCGCCUGCGGCUCCGGCACCAGGUCCGGGAGGGUCUACACCGCCUCAGCCUGCUGCUCCGUGACUCCGGGCAGCCACCCCAGCAGCGCGAGCAGCCCCUGAACGUGACGGUGUGUCGCUGCGGCCCAGAUGGCGCCUGUCUGCCGGGGGCCGCUGCCCGGAGGGCAGGAGGCGUGGGCGUCAGCCUGGGCGCCCUGGUCAUCGUGCUGGCCAGCAUCAUCCUCCUGCUCUUGCUCGCCCUGCCGGUCGCCCUCGUCACGCGGUCCCGGCGGCAGUCAGGGGACAAAGGGUUUCUGCACGGGCUGCAGGACGAUCUCCGGGACAACAUCCUGAACUAUGACGAGCAGGGGGGCGGGGAGGAGGACCAGGAUGCUUACGACAUCAACCAGCUGCGCCACCCAACAGAGCUGGCAGCCUUGUGCGCUCCCCUGGGACGGCCGCCACUGCGCCGAGAUGCCCCGUUCGGCCGAGUGCGCCCCCAGCCACCCCGCAUGCUGCCCACCAGCCCCGCUGACAUCGCUGACUUCAUCAAUGAUGGCUUGGAGGUGGCAGACAGUGACCCCAGUGUCCCGCCCUAUGACACAGCUCUCAUCUACGACUACGAGGGGGAUGGUUCUGUGGCAGGGACGCUGAGCUCCAUCCUGUCCAGCCUGGGGGACGAGGACCAGGACUACAGCUGCCUGCGGGACUGGGGCCCCCGCUUCGCCCGGCUGGCUGACCUGUACGGGCCCCCGUGAGGGUCGGAAAAGGGCCAGGGAAGGGUGGGGGGCUUUCUGAUGCGGACCCGCGUGCCCUGCUCAGGGUACAACCACCAGACACGGAGGACAGACGUCUUUCCGAGGACAGGCAGCCUGGCCUCCAGGCCCGGCUGACCUCUGUAGAGGCAGCCAGGGGGCCCCCAGGCCCUUGGGCAAGUCUACUUCUCCCAGGGAGGACAGAGACCGAGGGACCCAGCGCCCGGAGAGCGGGAGCCAGACAAGCCUGGCAUCAAUCAGCCUUCCCUGGGGUCAGAACCCCCACGUCGCCGGCCCCCAGCGGCCUCCCACUCAUGCUCCCCCCUCCCCCCCCCCCCACUCCUGAAUUAAAAACCUGCCCUUCUCUCCA